GGGUUUACGCCUACUUCCCUAGGCUUGCACCCGUACCAGUCGCGGAGCCUCCUCCGACUGUUCCGUUCUCGAGUCGCUUUGACGGGAGAUGCACCCGGCGACCACGGGAGACGUUCGGCUUCUUCCGCCGAUACUUCGACACCAUCACCCCCGCGGAGAUCACAUGGCGGCCAUGGGCUUCCUUGCCGUCGGCGAUGCGGGGUCGGUUCCCUGGUGCUGAGGAGACCUCGCGUUUCCGGAUUCUGCUAGAGGGCCCGGUCUGUCGGGCUUGGUACCUGGGGGAGCGUUUCCUACGCCAGACCCGCAGGUUACCUGAGCAGAUAGUCCCGGUUCACCCUCCUGCAGAGAUGAGGGAGACCGAGGGGCUGACCCCUGAGCAGCUGGAUGAUUACUCCAUCGGCUGGGAGGAGGCCGGCUUCCGAGGCACCGGCGACUAUCAGGAGUACGUGCGGACGUACCUGAUGCGACCUUUGAGCGGCCGUCGAGCAGAGGGGGCCAGGCCUGUAGCGUCGGCGGCUGGGGCCGGAGCGGGAGCAGGGGCUGGAUCUUCGAGGAGGGCCCGAGUCCGUGGUAGGGGUAGAGUGCAGGGAGGACGAGGAGCUGGCUGGCCUGCCCUGCCCGCUGUAUUGACUUUCCACGGGCAGGGUGGGUCGACCUAUCAGAUCCCCUUCGCCCCUCCACCGGCUGGUCAUGAGUUCAUUGACGUCCCCGACUUACCACCGGUACGUAUCACUGCACUUCGUACAGUUAUUCAUUUCAGUUUACUUGAUAUUCCACAGAAUAUUGAUGCAUCUGAUACUUUUGCAGGCUUCUUCUGAGUACACCCGUCGGUCGUUGGCGAUGAAUGCCUCGAUGAUGGGGAUGCUCCAGCGGA